AUGGGUGGGGGCGUCAUGCAGUUUAUCCACGAAAGUGUGCCGGUUACUCACCUCUACAGCUACGGGGAUCCUGACGGUCAGAGAGAAGCGCCGUGGUGCAAAACCAAACUGCGCUGCAACGGCUACACGACGAUAGGAGUCUGCUACAGACCACCAGCGACAGACCCGAUGGCCAACCUGGACGAUAUGCGGCCACGGGCUGGCGACGGCUACUGUUUGAUUUUGGUUGGUUUCAAUGUACCCAUAAUCGAUUGGGACGAUAAUCGCUGCCUACCGGGAGCGGACCAAUUCUCCAGAGAUCUCCUCGAAGAAGCGAACCAGUUGACCCUGCACUCCCGCGAGCCCACCGCGAUCAACGAUUCUGCCCAGUCAGUCUUAGAUCUGGUGUUAUCCCCUCGGACAUCGGACGACGACGUCAUUUACCACCUCCCACCACUCGGUUUGAGCGAUCAUUUGACCCUGUCGAUGCAUUGGUGA